GCCAAGGGCCUAAAGCCACAGCCAUGGCACAAGAGGCCAGCACCAGCUUUGAAUAUAAAUCCACAGCCCAAGAGGCCUAUACCGGCCCCGAGGCCUGAAGGUACAGCCACAGCCCGAGAGGCCUACAUCGGUCCCCGAACCUAACGCCACAGCCAGACAGGCCUGCACCAGCCCCGGGACAUCCAGGCGUGCGUUGCUAUUGGUUUCCAGUGAUUCCUCUGGGACUCCAUUGACCACUGUGAAGCCAUAUUGGUCUUUUCUGUUUUUUAUUGGGCUGCACAAGAGUCGUCUUCACUUCUCCAUUCCUGUUCUUCAGAUAACCCCAUUGGGUGACCCUAAGAUGUGGAGCUGGGAGGCGUCCAUUUCCUUCGCUUAUGAUGAAAGCACCAGGGCGAUGCGGGCACUCACUGAGGUCACAACCACUGCUGGGGUGGGAGCGUUUGUGCCACAGCUGGUGAGCAGAGCUGGAGCUCUGGUGAGCGUGCUGCACGCAGAGACUGAGCUCUGGGCCUUCUGUGGAACAGAUCACCCUGUGAGAGCCCGACGGAAGCAUCGCGUGUGCACUCGUUGGUACUCUCUGCAGGGUUAUUGUCCCAAGGGAGAUUUUGGGAUCGAGGCGGUCUUGGGAAGCGGGAAGCCAGCUCCUUUCAAGGGCUGGGAAAGUUUCUGCAGAGAGAGCCUCUGGAACUUCAGCUUCCUCUGAGCCUUCAGCAGCCAUGUCUCAGCAAGGAGACGACCGUGGUUCCAAUUCCUGCCGUGUGAGUUGCAAGAAGUGGCGCGGUGCGGUUCCCCGCGGUUGGGAGCAGCAGCCAGCAGGCUGCCAGAGAUCCAACCGCGCCUUGCAGCGCACAGAGGGACGCAACAGGGACGGACGGUCCUUCCUGCCAUACAGAAGGAUGGAUCCUGUGCGUCCAUGGAGUGGUGCUGGGCAAGGGGGGAAACGGAAAGCCUCCGCAGAGAGAGGUGCCGAGCCCAACGGAAAGAUCUACGCAAAAGCGGUGCAGGAAGUCCUUCUGGAGAGAGCUCAUCUCCAGGCUGGAGGGCUUCCUACAACAGCAGGUCCCAGCACAGGGGGAAGACCUUCCCCUGCUGUGUGCUCCCGCUCUGUCUCCAAGUCCUUGGCUGGAUGUAAAAGCAAAGGCUUGGAAGAAGCGAAGCCAACAGCAGUGCAGCUGCCUGCUAACAAAAGAGUGAGGGGGCCGAGCGGAGACAGCGUGCCAGCUCCAGCAGCACACCCUGGGCCUGCUGCAGUGCGGAGCUCCAAGCUAAGAGCAAGAAGACGCCAAGAGAAAGAGAGGAGAGGGGAAUCGAUGAAGGCUGCCCUCAGAGCUGCCGCUGCACGUGCAGAGGCCUCCGCAGUGAACAGCCUUGUGGAGAUGAUGCAGAAGCUGCAGCUGAAGGACUGAGAGGAGGAGCGUCAGCAGGCAGCGGCUGCAGUGCGCAGCGUUACAGGGCAGCGCUGCGAGUGCUGCCCAACUCAGCACUCCAACUUCAGAUGGAGUCAAUAAAUACCAGACACAAUGAGAGA